CGGCCGCAGUCUUGUUCUUGGGAGAUCGGCUCGUCGUCGCGCUGUACUCGUUACGGAUUUUCGUUUGUGUCAAAAAUAAUUAUCAAAAAAAAAAACAACAACGAUAAUAAGGCAUUUUUUUAUUUUUUUUUUAACCUCGUGCGCAUUUUUUCGGACGAUCCAAUUCGAAUAAAACUCGCGCGUUUGGACUUUCACCAACGGCUGAAGGACCACACUGUAAGAUGAUAGAGACGAUGGAUAAAAAAAUUCCCCCGCCGUUGCCGCCCAAGACACGCCGCGGAUGCCUCAAGACCGGCGACGGCAACGGCGCGACCAUUCUAUCCAGCGGGCACGUGGUCAAGAUACGCAUAGAUCCGUCCGACGUUCGCGGAUGCGGUCUCGAGCCAAAAGUCGAGGAGCCGCACCGACAGCGACAGAUGCAGACGCAGCUUCAGCCGCCGCCGCAGCAGCAGCAGAACGACGAGCCGCAGCUGCGCCGGACAAGCACGGUCAAGAUCAACAUCACUUGCGUGGACCCGUUCGGGUUCUACGACGACCGGUGCUCGUCGUCGGGACACGCGUCCCCGCUGGACAGCGGCACCGGCAGCGACCUGGACUCGACCGGCCGCCGGGACGAGAGCAGCGACGACGGCACGUGCAGCAGCUGCGACUCGCUGACCAGCGCAGGCGGCAUGGACGCUGACGGCGUCGCGGCCGUCAAGCUGGACGCCGUCGAAAGGGAACCUAACCAUUCGCCGGUGCCACGGCCGCCGACUCUUGUCCGCGUGCAACAGCGGUGCUACGGCGAGACGACGGUGUCCGCGACGCCCGCCCGCGUCAUCGACAUGGACAACACCGACCAGUACUUUCAGUUCCACAUGAACGAGAACGUGUUCGACCACGUGGACGGUUCCCAAGCCGCGACAGCCGAAGUCCAGGGUGGAGACGAUUCGUUCGCCGGAUGUAAAGCGUACGAAGCCGCCGUCGGCUGUUCGGACACCAUCCGCAGCGCCAAGGGCACGAUCAGGGGCGUCAAAAACCGAGUCAGGGCCGGCAUCGCCACUUUCCUGCAACCGAAAACUUCAAAGACUUGGCAAGAAAAAGAAGCGGGCAAAGUGGUUUUGUACACGACCACCAUGGGCAUAGUGAGGGACACGUACCAGCGGUGCCUUCUGGUCAGACAGAUACUUCGGACGCAUCUGGUCAAAUUUGUGGAAAGGGACGUUUUCAUGAGCAAAGAAGUGCAAAAGGAGAUCAGAGAGCGGUUGGGAGUCGACACGAUAUCCGUUCCCCAACUGUUUGUCGAAGGAAAUCUCAUAGGAGACGCAGAAGCAGUAGAAAGACUGAACGAAUCUGGGGAACUCCGAUCGAUAUUGAAACCGUUUAAGAGCCCCGACGCUUGUACCACGUGCCAAGUUUGUGGCGGCUACAGACUUCUUCCCUGUCCAAUGUGCAACGGAAGUAAGAAGUCUGUACACAGGAAUCACUUCACUACCGAGAUGAUCGCUCUCAAGUGUAUGAACUGCGACGAAGUGGGAUUAGUGCAAUGUUAUGCUUGUUGAACGGCGCAAAGGUUAAAAAAAAAAAGAGGGAAACCCUUCAGAGAUAAAUGAAAAUUGAUUGUGUAAAAUCGAUUUGUUUUUUUUUCUCUACAGUCUAGUUUAAUUUAUAAUUCAUAAAAAAUAUAUAUAAAUUAUACUAUGCGAUACUUACCCAGAGACUAUUUUUUUUUUUAUUGUUUCGAUAUACCUAAUUAAUUUACACAGACAUAAUUAUUAUAAACUCGAGAAGAGUCUAACAAAACGUUUCUGUAUUCUAAACGCUAAUAAUCGAUUUUAUUUUGUAUUUUUACCAUAGUGACAUUAUUAUUUAUUAAGACUUGAUGUUGUACAUUUUUUUUUUUUAUAAAAUGUGUAUAGCGUAAUGUAACAAUGUUCAGCCAAAUGAAACACAAAUAACGUUUAGAGGCAUUCUUGUCAUAAAAAUAAUAAUUAUUUUUAAUACAUAUUAUUAUUAUGUAAAUAUUAUAUUUAUCUUUUAUUAUUAUCAUCUUGUAUUUAAAAUCAUUUCAAAACCACUAGAAACCAAAUUUGUUUUGAUUUACUAUUUUGUACUCGCCGACAUUCCGAAAGCGAUAAUAUUGUAAAUUUAGACCUAACUGAAUUUUAAUCAACACAUAGUAUUAAUUGCCUAGUAAAGAUUUCCACGGUAAUUUAAAAGACUCGUUUUAUCUUAUUAAUUUGUUUACAAAGCGAUAUUUUUGUAGGUUUUUUUUUUACAAUAAUAUGCUAAACACAAUAUUAUAUAUUGUAAUUAUUAUCUAUUUAUGUUUUGUUGUUUUUAUAUUUUUUAAACAAAGAAUAGUUUAUUUUUGUAAUAAAAUAUGUAAGUAAUGUACAUUUUUUUUAACACCAAGUUGUUUUAGCACAAAUCGAAUAAUGCUCAAUGUUGUAUUAAUUGUAUUGAUCAAAUGUAAAUAAAACUUUUUGUAAACGUUUUUUUGCCUAAAUAAUUAUUGAAAAUUAUUUUAUUGACAAAAUUAAAAUUAAAUAUUUGCAAUCGUGUUUAAUUAUUAUCGUCAUAAUUUAUUAAACCAUGUAUAAUUUUUUUUUAAUUUUGAUUUCAUAUAUUAUAAUUCUAUAAAAAAAAUUGUGUACCUCUUUCUUCUUCUUUUUUUUAUCGAAAAUUAUUGUGUUUAGACUAGCAUUGUACUCGCCACAAGGUUUACAAAUACUUAAUAGUAUAAAACUUAGUUCUCUAUGUUAAUUCAGCAACUUAAUGGACACCCCAAGUGUUAAAUAUUAAAAACAUUCAAUCAACUAUAAAAAAAACUUCUACAACCAUAAAUGAAUAUCAGUUCACGUAGCAAUAGACCGUAAGUGUAAUACAAUUGUAUGAUAUUAAAAAUUCUUAUCAAUUUAUUUAAAAUAUAUUUGCUACAAUAUGAAU